UCUGCUGCGUCAGCUCUAUAUAAGCAAGUGGCAUCGUGGUCACGGAGAUGGCGGGAGUGUUGUUAGGGCACGCAGUCCGGGUCUCUGCUCGCCGACUCCGAGGCUUCCCAGAUCUCCCUCCUCGAUUACUCCACUUUUUGAGAAUGGGUGAUGGAGUGGAGAAGAGUCAUAAUGACAUAACCAAUGUGCUAUUCUGUGGGUUCCAUUUCCCUGCUUCACAGAAUUACACACGGGAAUAUUUGAAGGGCUAUCCAUUCAUUAAGGUUGAUGAAGUACCUCUUGAUGAGGUGCCUAAUGUUAUUCACAGAUACCACAUAUGUGUGGUAAAAAAUCGGCGCUUUGAUGCAACGGUUAUUGACAAAGCAGUUCAGAUGAAGCUUUUAAUGCAGUUUGGUGUUGGGCUUGAAGGAGUGGACAUUGAGGCAGCUACUAGAUGUAAUAUUAAAGUUGCAAGAAUCCCUGGAAGCAGUACUGGAAAUGCUGCAUCAUGUGCAGAAAUGGCGAUAUAUUUAAUUUUGGGUCUUCUAAGGAAGCAAAAGGAGAUGGACAAUGCUGUAAAACUGAAAAAUUUAGGAGUGCCAGUGGGAGAAACCCUACUUGGGAAAACAGUUUUUAUUCUGGGAUUUGGAGCUAUCGGAGUUGAUCUAGCAAAGAGGCUACGACCAUUUGGAGUUAAAAUUCUUGCAACUAAAAGGAACUGGACUUCAGUGUCACUGCCACCAAAUGCCUCAGGUGCACCAAAUGACGAAAUUGAUCACUUGGUUGAUAAGAAAGGUGGCCCAGAAAACCUUUAUGAAUUUGCUGGAGAGGCUGAUAUAGUUGUUACCUGCUUGGCUUUAAAUGCUGCAACAGCUGGUAUCGUGAAUGGAAGAUUCCUCUCGUCAAUGAGAAAGGGCUCACUUCUGGUAAAUAUUGCUCGAGGAGGCUUACUGGAUUACAAUGCUGUCCAUCAGCACCUUCAAUCAGGUCAUUUGGGUGGCUUAGCUAUUGAUGUUGCUUGGACAGAGCCAUUUGAUCCUGAAGAUCCAAUUCUAAAGUUUCCCAAUGUUUUAAUCACACCUCAUGUUGCUGGUGUUACCGAGUACUCCUACAGAACAAUGGCUAAGGUUGUGGGUGAUUGUGCUCUUCAACUUCAUGCUGGAAGUCCACUCACAGGAGUAGAAAUUGUGAACUAGUUGGAGACAGCUCGGGCGUGACGAGUUGGAGUUAACGAUGGCUCAAUUGUUUCAAACUCAAAAUUGGAUUUGGUUGUUCCAUCUCUAUCUUGCUAUAUAGAUUAUUGCGAUUGCAAAACAGGAUACCAAAAUGAUUUCUUUUCUCUAAUUUCAGUCAUCAUCUUGUCCAACUUAAAGAUUGCUUUUGGAAUGCUUGAACAAUAAUAAUGCAUAUGCUAGAAAAGGAGAUCCACUACCUUAAAUUGUGGAUCUCUCUCUCUCUC